GUUAUCACCAGCAGGCCGCCACCUGAGUCUGCAUGAAAUUUGCAGAUAUUGUAAAUUUUACAUUUCUUUAGCUAAGGAAGAUGCAGGACAAGUAAAUAAGUGAUUAUUUAAUCGUUUUGAAUGUGAGAUCGUACACAUACACGAUGUCAGACCUUGAAAGUGAUACGUAGCACGUGCAACGAGGGAAGCCAAGCUCAAAAAUCAUCAAUGAGUUCAUAAAAUGGUAUAGCAAAACGUUCCAAGAUGACGGAUAACAACGAGAUAAUCAGCAGUCUAAAGCUGGAGCCAGAACUUGGAGGAAGCGAUGGAGGGGGAUGCCUCAGCUGUUCCAGCCUGCGGAAGAGACUACAGACAUGCCGCGAGUGGGUGAAGUUUUACCACGUGAAGCUCGAACAGCAGGACAAACUCCUUCACAUUGUGGCAGAUUUUGAGAGAGAAAAGCAGCAAAAUAUGGAGCUGCAGAUGGCCUUUGACCAAAGAACCCGUGAAGCAUCCUUUGCUCGGGAACAGAUGGCAAACUUAUUAAUGGAAAUCCAGCCACUAAGGGAAAAGAUUAGCACUUUGGAGAAAGAACUAGACGAUGAGAAGAAAUUGAAAGAGUCUGCAGAAAACCAAGUGAUUGGCUUGAAACACAUGAAGGAUCAGCAGAGGCACCAGAUUGAUGCCAUGAGAGCUAAAGUCGACAUGAAUCUCAUUGAAGUACUGGAAAAGAAACUGCACACAGCUCGCAGUGAUAUUAAACUCUUGAGGUGCUCCCUGGAUGACAAGUCUCGUGAGGUGAGUGAGCUGAAGGAGUUUCUGCAGGACCGCCGCGACCACUUCCUCCGCAACCAGAAGAAGACGGCCUGGAGUCUCCGCCUGGCCCAGCAGUACGGCUCCCGCCUCGCUGAUCUCGGUGUGCACCCUGACGAGCUAACGGAGGAGCCAUCAUGGACAAGAUUAAUGUCCCUCCUGGAGCUGAUACAAAGCCAGCUUCAUUCCCAUUACCAGGUUUACAGGAGAAAGGAAAUUAAAACUUUGAAGGAAAACCUAGUGGCUAUUGCAUUACUUCCAAGCCAGGAGGAAUGGCUGAAAGAUUUUGAUGAUGACCAGGCCAGUGAUUAUGACAGUUUUGAGCCAAAAAAGAUUAAGAAGGAGCAGAAACUGGUAGAUGAAGCAAAAAAGCUUGAGGAAUUGUUACAAAUGGAAGAAAAGUCCAAGGAGGAAGCAGGCCAACAGAGAUGGAAUGCAGAACAGAAUCAGGCAGAUGGGGACUGCAGCUCAGGGUCAGAUGAGUCCUGUGUAGAGAUAACACCACUAGUGAAAGAGGAAUCAGAUACAAAUGCCUGUGAGAUCAAAAGGCAGAAGAAGCCAGUGGAAGAUAAAGCCAAAGAUCAUAACACAAGGAAUGAUAAGUCUGAAAACCAUAAAAGAAAAGGCAGAAACAAGAAUGAUGAUAAGAAAAAGUCAUAUUGUAAGGGAGAAGAAGAGAGUCACAGAAAAGAGCGUUUAAGAACAGUGAGCAGUGAUGCAGGGAAGAUAAAGAAAUCAGACUGCCAAGUGAAUGAAGCUAAGCCAAAUGAAUAUUUUCAACCCUCAGUCUGUGUUGACAGAUCUGUUAAUGUACAAAGCCCUUCUGAAGACAUACAAAUCCUUAAGGACAAAAAAGUAAAUGAGCAUACUGAUAGAUUAGCUGAACCUGCAAAGACAGAAGUCAGAAAAGACAGUCAGAAUGAUUUGAUGGACUUCAAUGAUUUUCCUCUCCAUGUUCAACGAAUGAGUGAGGGGGAUGACCCUGUCAUGGCCAUACUAAAGGAUAUGAAGCCACAUGCCAAAAUUGACUGUUUAGAUGAUAGCUUUUCCUUUGGAGAAUCAGAGAUGUUUCCAGUGGAGAUUCAAAAUGAAAAUCCAAUAGAUUUUCAGAAUCCCCAUGGUUUAACUAGAGUGCAUGAAGAUCUAGAAUUACUUAGUGAUUCCUAUGAUGAUACAUUUGAUAGACCAAGGAAACUUUUGACUCAAGAGUCUCAAGGAUUUCUGAUUGAUUCAUGUGAACAAAGCAAGAGCUCUCUUAUGAGCCAGGAAGUUUUUACUGAGAAUUCUCCAGAUGAUGAGGUUGAUGUCAAACCAGUGGAGAGUUUAAUGGGUCGUAAUUUCCUUUCGUCCCAGGGAUUCUCCUUUGACAUGGAUGAAGUUAGUGGAAAUUCAGAAGGUAAAGAUGAUAAAGAAAACAGAGAGACUGAGAAUUGCCUUGAAAUAGAAAAAGUAGGUUCUAAAACAGAAAAGCAUUCACAGACAGAUACAUGGGACUUGAACUUAUCUGAAGACGAUGAACAAUGCAUGUCAAAAUAUUCAGAGCAAAAUGGCCAAAUAGACUCUGGUAAUACUAAUACUGACACUAUAAGCAAGGUUGAAAAUGGAGAAGAAUUUGUUGCCAAGAAACGUAGCACUCUUGUUGAUGAUUGUAAGGAGUCGCACAAAGAAGGGGAAGAGCUGGUGGAAGAAGACAGAAAUUCAGAACUUGAUGAAGAUGGUAUGCAUACCCAUAACAGCAUAGCAACAAUAGACUGUGGACUGAGAAAAUCAUCAAUACAGGAAACAUUGAUUAGAAGACCUUGUUCAAGAGAUGCAAGCAGUAAUUCUAUAGAAGCAAACUCAUUAGAUAUUAAACUGCAAGAAGAUAUAUUAAUCCAAGAACCUAUGAAGCCUAGUGAAAAAAUAAUGGAACACAGUUUAAGUAAUGACCAGAGGUCUCAACAGAGCUUGCAAGAAAAAAGUAGUGUUUCUGCAGGAUGCUGUGUAUCAGAAGGAGAAAACAAUAGUAAUGGGUCAUUGUCUAAACAUCCUCAACAAAUAUUGGAUCAAAAUGUAAGCCAGGAAAGCACAAAAAUAUCCUUGCAUGAGGAUGGAUUAUGUUCAAAUUCCAUACAUUCUGAAGAUAUGAAAGAUAUGGAAGAGAGUAGAUGUGCAAAACUGAGGACAAGUUCAGAAAGCAAUUCUUCAGAUCAUAGCUGGUUGUUAUCUUCAGAAUCUGAUGAUGACAAGGAUUUAAUGCACAAGAAGCAUGUUCACCCAAAGAUUUUACCUAGGAAGAGCAGCACCAGCAUUAUUGCAGUAGAGGUGAACAAAACCACAAAAAUAAAUUCUAAAACUGAAGAAAGAAGAAACUGUGAAGAGACACAAAGUCAGAUUGAUAAUGGAGGAGACAAGGAGGAGGAAACUAGUCAAAAACUGACAGCUGGUGUGGCUCGUGACAUGGAGUUACAGGAGAAAAUAAAUGACCAUGACUCAGGUUCCAGCGGUAAGCAUAACAUCGGUUUUAUGGCAGGUCGGAAGGUGCAGCUGGUUAAUAAGGAUCAGCUGGUACAAAAUGAUGGCUCUGGAAGUAAUGAUUGUAGUGACUUAACAUGUGCAGAUAUGGUUGGAAACAGACAGUUAUUCUCUAAUAGCAUAUCAGCUGGUCAAAGUACAAGUUCUGUCAGCACACUCUUGGAAGACUGUUCAUCAGAAAAGGUCAGUAAUAUGACAGAAGGAAUCAAUAAUAUGACAGAUUUAAAAAGCUUAAAGACAGAUUUGAUACAAGAAAACUCUCAUAACAAUCCCCAAAAAGAUGAUGGUGUCAAAAGUGAAUUGAACUCUGCAGAUGAAAGGAGAAUAUUAAGAAACAGCAGUAGUAGUAAUUGCAGUGAUUCUGAGGGCCAAUUUGUAGAGUGCACUUCAGAGAUAACAAACCAGAAUGGCUGCAUACAAAAAUCAAGUGAAGAUGAAAGUGAGUUGUCGUCUGAACCCAGGGAAGAGAAAUCCAGUGCACACUGCCCAGUUACUAACAGGAUAGAAAGUGAUAUAGAAAUAGUGUGCUCUAAUAGCUCUAAAGUCUGUUUGAGUAAAAAUGUCAGGCAGUCAAGAGAGCCCACAAAUAAACAAAGGAGUACUGUUACAAGGAAGACAAGUUUGAGAAACACCAAAAAUGACAGUACAGUUACAGAUUCUUUCAACUUAGAAGACACAAAAUGCAAUACACAUCCCUCAGGGACCAAAAUGACUCAUCAGAAUGUCCAACUUAUUAAAGGUAACUUUCUUCAUUCAUCAACUAAUGACACUUACAAUACUGAAAUGACACUAGAGAAAGAUAAGCUCUGCACAAAAUUAGAGAGGGAGAAGGAGGCAACACCACACAUUAUCGCUCAAAGAAAUGAAUCAGAAAAAAUAAAGAUCUCUUCUGAGUUAGAAAACUUUACUGUAAAUAAAGAUAUCAAGAUUAAUGAUAACUCAGAGAAUGACAAUGGAAAUACCAAGACUAUAGCUACUAGUGAUGCAUCUAUAUGUAGUGCAGAUACUGAUACCACUACCAAUGUUGUCUCUCCUAUCAACUCACUAGUAGAGAAUGUUGCUGGCACAAGUGAUGCAAAUGCAGCAAUUAAUACCAAAAAUAUGACCCGGAUAUUAGAUAAUGAAACUAUGAAUAUAGAGAAACAAUUAGAAGUUGAGGAAACUAUGAAACAGAAACUUAAAGCUGUAGAUAAAGAAUUUAAUGAGGAAAGCACUUUAAAGACAAAAGAUGAGAUUGUUACCACUAAGAAACCUGUAGAUCACAUUAAAGAAGGAAGAAAUUUGGACACACCCAAGGAAAUGGUAGAUGCUGGGGAUACAAAUCAAAAGUCAUUACCACGUAACCCACAAAUGGCUGGUGUACGUUUCAGUUGGGGGAAAAACAUGCUGCAAUGUCAAAAAAUGCCUUCACAUAGUAAUAACGUUGAAUUCAUAUUGCAAAAGAAAAUUACUCGUGAGAUUCCAAAUGCUUGUGAUCAGCUAAAAGCUAAUGUAUUCUCUCUAGAAAUACGAAAUUCAAGGAGACGUCAGGUCAGACCUUCCAUGCGCGAAAUGCAGAGUACUUGUCUUGGUACAGGUGAUAGAAGAGACAUUGAUAUUAAAAAUAAAGUUCAGCAUAAUAGAAAAAACACCGAUAUGAAUGGUGAUAAACAAGGGAAGAAUUUGUUGGAAGAGAGGAACAAAUUGCCACAUAAAAGAACAACUGAGCGGGGAAGUAAAGAAGCAUUAAGUAGUCUUGGUAAUAGCGCUGUUAUGUCCACACAGGAAAAGAGUCAGAGAACAGAAGAGCCUAAAAAAUCUGUUUUAAAGAGAUUGAAAGCCUCACAAAGCCUUUUUUCAAGUGAGAGCAGUGGUGCAGAGGAAGCAUCAGCACCAUGUGUGAGAAAAAGACGAAUCAUGAAAAAGAAAAGAAACCAAAAAAAUAAAUUUGAUAGUGAUAGUGAGGAGGCAGAAAUCACUAAUGAAGUUAGUCAGAAGAGUAGUAGAAAAGUCAGCAGAUUUGGGAGAAAAUCAGAGAGAGACCAAGGCAGAAAAAGUACAAAGAGUGACAACACUGAAUCCAGUGUUAGUAGCAGAACCUCACCUUGUGUUGUAAAGAGGCUGAAGAGAGAUUCAUCCAGUUCAAGCUAUGGAAAUAUAAGAACAUCAGUAAGUGAAAGUGAUGUCACUUCUCCAAAGCAACUUUCAGUCAGUUGUAAAGAUAAUGGAAAAGAUACUUUAAGCCACCAGAGCUCAGCAGCAAAUAAAGAGGAGCUGCAGAUUGUAAAGAAUGAUAUCUCAUCUGAUUCAGAAGCAUUGAAGGAUGAUGAGGGACACUUCAAAGGAGAACACAGAAUUUCCACAGUUGUGUCCAGUGAAAGUGAUAAUACAGAAAUAGAAUGUAAAGAAGGAGAACAAAGAAAGAAGAAGAGAGCCAUAGAAGUAGAAAAAUCUUACAAAAAUGAGCCACAUAUAAAUACUUUGGGACAGGUAAAGAAAAGCUUGGUUAAUGAGAACUUCAAAAAGGUGACGCAGCCAAUUCAGAAUUCUAAAAAAGCAAAAUUAGAAGUAUCAAAGUGUCUACAGAAUAUUUCAUCUCAAAGUCAGGAUGUUGGAAUAGCUGAAACAAAUUCACUGGACACAGGAAUGAAACAAAAAAAUUUAUCAGUAAAAAAGAAAAAUUGUCCUACAACUUUUGAACAGGCAGCUCGGAUAGCUUCCACACUAAAGAGACACCACUCAGAAAUCCAAGAAAAGAAGCGCACUGCAAUUCUACUUGAUACAACUCCUCAAUUUGGUGUUAAGCGAUCCAGAAAAGAUCAUAUGCUGGCAAAAGUAAGCUCUGAAGAAGAUAUGCAAAGUAAGACACAGUCUGAGAUGGUAAAGAAAGAGCAAACAGUUGCUUACAAGUCAAAAGUGUUUUGCACUAGCAGUUCAGAUGAUGACUCAGAUACCAAUAAGAAAAAUGAUUCUCUAGUGGAAAAAAACAAAUCCAAGGAGAACCAAUCACUUACUCAGCCGUCUGUGAGUGAUUCAACCAUGAAAGCUACUGUCACACCUCACCCAGGCCUAGUCAGCUCACUUGCCAAACUUGGUACUCUGGACAGACCAAAAACUCUUCCAAAGGCUAAAACAGUUCCUAACACUAGUGUACCUGCAUCUUCAGACUUUAUUGAAAAAUUAUUUUUUAUUCAGAGAUCUCAAACUAAUGACCGUAUCCUUCAGUGUCAACCAAAGGAUACUGCUGUUGGUGGCACACAAGGUAGAGAAGAAUCGAACGUUGAGUGCAUGCCUACCUCUGAAAAUCAAAGUACAGUCCAAGUUCCCAUUAUACAGGACCCUUGUACCAGUACCCAGCAGCAGAAAGCAAAGAAGCUGGUGAUAUGUGAUAGACAGACCAAAGAAGAACUAAUGACCUUUGGGAAAACCAGUAUAAAUAAUGUUUCAGACUCAAAGGAACCUGUAACACUCACAAAAGAAAACAGUGCCUUGUCAACCCAACUAAUAGAAGGAGUGAAGCACAAAGAAGCUCAGUCUCAAGAUUGUCAGGAGAAUGAGAAGAAAGAAGAAGCUCAAAAGUAUGACAUGGCAAAAAACACAUCAGGACCUCAGCAUGAAUCGUAUGUCAAGCUGCUCCCGUCUACAAAAAAAUCUCUGAGUGAAGAAAAAGAAAAUGAGUUGCGCAGUAUUGUUGAAGAGUUGGCGACCUGUAACAUUAACGGCAAAGAUUGGAAAAGACUCAUAAACAAGUUGAAAAGGUUGGCUGUGUCAGCACCAGCAUCCCAAAUUAUCAGAGUAUUCCUGUGGGCAAUUUUGCAGCAGAAUCCCCUGCAGGAGAAGAAAGUAUUACAAGGACUGACUCCAACCCUGUACCAGCUGUUCCAGGCUCUGUGUGUGUUAGAGAUUCAGCUGGGCCUGUCUUUAAGGACAGCCCUAAGUAACUCCAUACGUGCUCUUGUAUGCCAACCAUCCUCUCACCUACGUCCUCAUAGUUUAGGGUGUUUGGCAGCAUGGUAUGUUGCCAAUUUAUCAGCUAGCAAUAAGGAAGAUAAAGAGAUCCUGCAGCUAGGACGGGCAUUCCUGGUUGAUCUGCUGUUUCAUCACCCUGGAACAGUUCACUUGGCACUGUACUUAGCACUCACCUCUGGACAGAAAUUUCUCAUCAGAAUGGUUAACCAUAGAGAGGCGAGUGGGAUUGAAAAGGUGCUACAAUGGGUUGCCUUUCAUGGAAUUUGGAUGGGAACAGAAAGUGUCCGCAAUCUGCUGAUUAAGUACCUGACUGAUCGGAUAGGUGUGCAUAACCCUCCAGCUAAUGAUCUUGCAGUCCUUGUGAAAGAUCUUCUUUCAAAACUUGGGGAGUCAACAAAGAUAGCAAUAUCAUGUAAUCUGCUGACCGGCAUUAUGAUAUUAGCUCGCUGGCAGGGAAAACCAUGGAUACAGAGUCAUCUUUUGCCAGCUGUAACAGCACUCAUUAGUCAAGAAUCUGAAGGUGGGAAAGAAGAACAGGUGGAAGAAGUUCCAAGACAGUUAUUUGAUAUUUUAACGGAUUCUCUUGGUAAACUAAAUGGAAUUUUCUCAAAAGAUGCAACAUCAGCUGAUAAUACCAAGCUCGGAUGUGAAUUGCAGGAGCUAAAGUCUGCCCUCACAAGACUUUUACACUUGGCUUGGGGAGACAUGAAGAUGAAACCUAGAUAGGGUUCAAGAAUAAUGUGCUAUGUAUUUAUUGAUGUGAAAGUAUUAGUGACAGAGUGUUAUUUUAGUGGUGUGUAUAUUUGGUGUUCAUAUUGUGUGCAAGAAAAAAACAUUUUAUUUGAAUUAUAUUUUUGUAUGAAUUCUGUAGAAAACUAUUGGAGAGAGAAGUGCCAAAGGAUUUUGUAUUAUAUUCACAUUAUAUUACUGUAUUACCCUUACAUAGACACAGUGAGUGUGUAUGUGAGGUUGGAAGUAUCACCCAACAAUUUUAGAUAAUGAAAGGGCAUUUCAGGAUUGCCUUAUAUAUAAUUUAUUUAAUUUCUGUCUAAGUUUAGUUUUAUGUUUUACAAAUAUAUAUGAAAAUGUGUGUGUUAGUAUACACAUAAAAUUAAAAGCAUAAGAUAUUUAUUGCAUAGAACUUACAUGCAGUGGUCAUGAAAAUGGCCAAUAAAUGUAAAGUAUAAAAUGCAUGAGGCACUAGUGCCAAUAAGUAUCAAUAAAAUUGUUAAGUUUCA